AUGAGUGAAAAAAUUGGAGACCUCAGGGCCUUGGACGAUGAACGCAUUUGCGAAGCUUUAUCAGCGAAGCCGACCUCGAAAGACGCAUAUGCCAACUCAGUACUCCCUCCUUUCGAAUUACGCGAUCAAUUAGCACUCAAGACGGGGGAUGAUCUCUCUCAUUUGGAUACCAAGCUGGGAGAUGAUCUUUCCGAUCCGUUCGAUGAAUGCGCCGUGCUUCCAGAGCCGGAACCCGAUGAGGACCCCAAUGCGCCAGUCAUUACCUUGAGAUCUGUCUUGGUGGGACUUAUAGUUGUAUUCUUUGGUGCAGCUGUAUCGCAAGUUUUUAUGUACAAACCGGUGCACCUACAUCUAAAUCUUCUGUUCCUCCAGCUAGCCUCUCUUAUCCUGGGAAGACUCUUUGCUGCUAUACCAGGUCCAAAAUGGUGGAACCCAUGCGAACUAACUGUAAAAGAAACUGUCUUCAGUGCGAUUAUCGCAACAUCUGGAGCGGGCGGGGUGCAAAGUGUUGAGGUAAUGGCCACGCUGGACGUCUUUUUCAAUCGGCGGAUUCCUUCUUACAUAUCUGUCUUGACUAUUCUGAGUAGCCAAUUCAUGGGGUACGGCUGGGCUGGUGUGUUACCAACCGUAGCACUGUUCCAUUCGCUGGGAAAAGUUUCCCCGAGUAAUCUUGGACAGUUAUCACUCUUCAAGAAGAUAUUUGGUAUCAUGACUAUCUGUAAGCGGAAGUUUCAUUGCCGAUGUCCUUAUGAUCACGAUGCCCCCUCGCUGAUAUCCUUGCUCGUGGAUGCAGAUGAAGUGAUUCCAGAAUGGCUCGCCCCAGCGCUCCAGGCAAUAAGUCCUUGGUGCUUAACUUUGCCUGAGACACCGCUUGUCACACAAAUAUUCGGCGGAUCUCUAGUAGCUGAAGGACUUGGUUUGCUUGCUGUCAGUUUUGAUUGGGUUCUCGUGGGAAGAUACAAUCCCUUAUUCGUCCCUCUCGUGGCACAAAUUAUAGAUUGGGCUGCUGUUGGCACAGGUGUUUUUCUAUUUAGUGCAGCAUAUCGAUAUGACUGGUUUGGUGGCGCGCAUUUGCCAUUUAUCUCUUACGACAUUCUUGAUGAUAAUGGAGCUCGCUACAAUUUGAGUAGAGCGCUUUUUGAUAAUGGGACCGAAAAUACAGUGGAGGUAGAAAAGAUGGGCUUGCCAUGGUAUUCCACCGCUAUUGUCAUCGGAAACGCUGGUACAGCAUUUUCUGUGUCAUCAGCAAUCACUGCGGCAAUUUUAUUCAAUUGGACAGAGCUAUCGGCUAUGUUCAGCUCUACCAAUCAGAAAGCAUUAGAAGAAGAUCCGCAUCGAACGAUCACAAAGCAUUAUUCAGAUUUUCCAACUUAUGGUUUUUUGGCUAUAGGGGCCGCAGCGAUCGGUCUCGCCUUUUUUUGUUCCGCGCGAGCUGAGUCUGAUCUUCCAGCUUACGCACUAGCAUUUGCUUUUACACUAUCUGCUGUUUUAAGUUAUAUCAGCCCAACUGGAAAGUCAAACUUUCUGAUUAUCAAGACAGGCUCUGACAUUUUCAACGUACCAAAAACAUCAGCUGUUGUCCAAAUGCUAGGCGGUGUUUUGUUUCCAGGCAAUGCUAUAGGUAAUUUGUGGUUCACGCUCUAUGGAUCGACUAGUGUCGGUCAAUGUGUGGCCAUGUCCAAGGAUUUGAAAUUGGGCCAAUACAUGCAUCUACCCCCCGUCAAAUUUCUGGAACGUAAGCUUGCUAUUACCACUCAGCGACAAACACGGGGAGACUUAGCGUUCCACUUCUCCCGUUGUUUCAGAAUUGUAGGAGGAUUUCUUCACUAUGGCGUAAUGACUGCUAUCGUCGGCACGCAAAGAGAUGUGCUUUUGCUUCCACACGGCGACGGAGUCUUCACGGGAAUGGCAUUGAGUAGCAUGGCAGCUCACGCGACUACACGCCUCGUGUUUUCACAUUCUAACCUUUAUUUACGGUCUUCAGUUGGGGGGUUUUUAGUAAAAGACUUUACUUCUUCGGGUGCAAAUAUGUUUGUGAAAAUCCUUUCUAGUUUUUCCGAUGACGUAUUCAGAUUCUUACUAACAACAUCUAUGCAAACCCAGGCAAUUAUCCCUUACUGUCUAGUUUUGGGAUUUUUUGCACCAAUACCAUUAUAUCUUCUACAUAGGUGGAAACCCAAGGCAGGAUUUCAACGUGUGAACAUUUCGUUGUUUGCAUCAAGUCUUUACCAUGCAGUUUUGGGAGCUACAUCUGGCCGUACGACAGCUACGAUUUUGGCUCUAUUCACACAGUACACUAUCCGGAAAUAUCAUUUUAAAUGGUAUCAAAGAUACAAUUAUAUCUCGAGUGCGGCCCUGGAAGGUGGAACUCAAUUUGCAGUGCUAUUGCUUACAUUUUUUGUACAAGGAGGAGCUGGUUUCAAAGUUGAAAUUCCUCAGGGAGCCGAGAUUACUGCUAUCUUUCUGACUCUCAUUAGCUAA